AUGCUGCACGGCGCCGCGGACGCCCGCGGCGGCGGCCGCGGCGGCGCGCGUGGCGGCGGCCGAGGCGGCGGCCGCGGCGACCGUGGCGGCGGCGCGGGGUUUGGCAUCGCGGGGACGAAGGACAAGCGGGGCGUGACGGCGCAGCUGCGGGGCAUCAAGCUGGGGGACUUUGGGUUCAGCGCGGAGGGCCUGCAGCUCGGGCAGCUGCGCGGCAACUGCUUCCGCCUGUUGGUGCGGGACGUGAGGGGCGCGACGGAGGAGCAGAUUGCGGCGGCCUGCGAGUCCCUGAAGCAGCGGGGGUUCAUCAAUUACUUUGGGCUGCAGCGGUUCGGCACCGGCGGCUCCCCCACGCACAAGGUGGGCGCAGGCUUUGCUGCGCUGCUGCUGCUGCUGCUGCUGCUGCUGCUGGUACCGCUGCUGCUGCCGCUGCUGUUGCUGUUGCUGCUGCUGCUCCUCUGCGUGUCGUGCAUGCCUUGA